AUGCCUCCCGAGCCCGACUUCAACCCCUCCGGCUUCUUUCAGUCCAUGUUCAGCUCGCUCCUGGGCGCUGCCUCGGAAGGUCAGGUUUCCUCAUCCCAACCUACUAGCGGAUCUGGUAGAAGACAAGACGGGACGCGCGAGUUGUCAUUCAACUUUCCAGGCGGAGGAAGGGGGAGUGUGACUUUUGGGCCUUUAGGCGGUGGUAGCCGAGCAGGUGACCCCGGCGGCGGCUUGGAUGCAUUCUUUCCCGGUUUCCCCGCACCACCGCCCGGACAGAUGCAAGCUCUUGGGCCUGGUCAAGACAUGAUCGGUGCACUCUUCCAGAUGCUAGCGCAAGAAGGGAGCCUCCCCAGCGGUAUGCGCGGGCCAGCAAACUUAGGAGACUACGUCAUGUCAGAAAAUGGCUUUGAUCAAGUUCUCGAGCAGCUCAUGCACGCUGCGGGACCGCAAGGACCCCUACCUGCCACCGAUGCUGUGAUCGAGGGCUUACCCCGUAUCGUCCUGGACGAAAAGACCCUAGAAUCCAACAUCCACAAAGACUGCCCGAUCUGUCAAGACGACUAUUCUCCCGGCGACGAGGUCAUGAGAAUACCUUGCGAACACAUCUUCCAUCCAGACUGCCUACAACCCUGGCUAAAGACAAACGGGUCAUGCCCAGUCUGCCGCUUUCCCCUCGUCCCAGCGGAUCAACAGCCCGCGCCUGUCCCUGGACAAGCAGUACAACCAGCAGUCACCAAUAUCCUGAAUCGAUUGUGGGGUCAGGGCGGGUCCGCUGCCGCGGCUGAACCGGCGACCGAGCCCACUGGCACGUCCACCGGCCGUUCCGAUCCCUCAGCGGAUCCGCCGGUACCCGCGCUCUCCUCCGCCAUCCCGGAUGAGUAUCGAGAACGGCAUCGACGGCAAGAGCGGGAGAGGGAUCAGGCGCGCGAGAGGGAAAGGGACGAGCAAUAUCCGACGUACUUCAGCUAG